GGGUAACCAAUAGAACUUACGAUAACACUUUUCUUUUACUAUAGAAAGAUGUAACCAGCAAGUUGCAGACUAUUCCCCGGCAAAGAAGUUUUAUUUUUAUAAUAAAAAUAGUUAUAUCGGGGUGCAGAUGUUGUCAUGUCUAAAGAUCGUUUUGAUCAAGGACAUAAUGUUAGAACAUCUCUGCACCAGCAGGCUUCAAAUAAACAGUUGAAUUUAACUGAAAAUGGUGAAAUUUUUUUAGCCCAAUUAGCUAAUAUGCAAAGAGCCCAUUCUCACUUAGAUGAGCCUACAAUAACUCAAAAAGAUAUUCCUCACACUUUUUGGAAAGUGCAGCCUGAUAGAGAAUUAAUGGUGCAACUGCCAAAAGAGCACAUAUAUUUGGACUCCAACCACCAAAAUCAAGAGGAGCAUUUAAACUACACUCAUCAGACGAACACAACUAUGUCUCAUGGACAGAGUAAUUCUGUUGCAUCUUCUGCUGGUGUGGAUGGCCAUUCCUUAUAUUGCACUGAAAUCCUUCCAAGCUCAUCACCUCCUAAUCAGACAGUCUCAGUGGAUGGUGGCGGGGCCAGCAGGAGAGCUCCGUUGGUUGUCAAUGGAGGGACAGCUGCUCAACCUGUACAGUAUACCAUAAUUAUUGCAGAUCCUCAACUUCAGCAAAAUGGCAACAUUACCAGAAGCUUGAGCUCUGGGGCCACAAACAUUCUCCUAAACACUUUGGUGCAACCGCAACAACUGCAGCAUCACUUAGUAUCUAUUUCCAAGGCAAACAAUUCUAUUAACAAUUUAAUAGCCGGAGCAAACCCUGGCAUCAUCGUAAAUAGCAGCAGUUUGAAUGGCAGCAACAAGUUCAACAAUCUGUUGAGCACCAGUAGCAACACUGGUGUCAACCUCAACAAGGGCAGCAGUGGUGGCAGCACUGCAGCAGCCUUCCCUACCAGCCUUAUUGCAAAUGGACUGAACAACAAUCUAGAUGGGAAGAGCAUAAGCAUUAGCCUGUCCCCCAACAGCAAGCUCCCAUCUGCAGUGUUUGACAGCAGUGGGGGAACUGAGGCUGGUAUAUUGAUAUUAAACUAUACUGAGGCUGGUGAGCCAAGCACUGCUACAUUGGCUAACAUAAACCAACUGGUGACUGUUCACAGCAGUGAUUUUGUCACUCAGGGUAACAAUCUGAUAAGGGUUUCUGCCAGUGAUUGCAAUCAUCAGUCCCAGCCUUGUGUGAAAUCUGACAAUUACCAGUUGGUCUCAGGUACUAGACAAGAUCCAAGAAACUCUGCUGCAUAUAAUGGGCAUUUUGUAGAUAAGGAAGACUCUGAAUUAUCUGAAAACAGAAACUCCUCUCAGGGUAAAAAGGUACUGCCUGCAAGUGAGAAUCGAUUGAUAGAAUCAUCUUCAGGUGAAAGGCUGUCCAGGGGCAUGCACAGUGGACGCGUCGGGGCAGGGUCAGGUCAAUCUCUUAACGAUCAACAGCAGCAAUGCAACAGCCCUAAAACCACUUCCACACCUUCUACUGCUGCUUCAGCAAACCAACCAACUAUGCUAUCUGCCGGCCAACCAUCAAUGCCCUCAGGGAUCUUUAGAACAGGCGCUGACACUUCAUCACCUACUCAUCAAAUUGCUGCUUCUGGCAAUGCCAAUUUCAACCCUUCCCAGUAUGCACCAGUAUAUGGCCUCCACAGUCAAGCUACCGGUCAUUUGACCACUAUACAGCCUUAUGGUACUUUCUUCCCAAGUUUUGGCGGGUCCAGCUCUUUGUCUCAUGGAUUCUCACAUGGUUCAUUAAUGGCUGCCAGCUCACAAAGCCAUUAUCCAAAAAUAGAAUCUUACUCUGCAAUGUUAGCCAGUAUUGGUAAUCAAGCACAACAUCUUGGUGUGCAGGGAGCUGAAAGAUCCUCUAGACUUCAGCCAUCUGCUGUUUCUGCUCCUCCACGCCCAUUUCUUUCUUCUGGAGCACACAUAGCAUCUUCUGGUACUCAGUAUCCUGCUACACACCAUCGUCUUUCAGAAACAAGCACCCCAAGUCCUGGUCCACCACAAGCGACCUCCAAUCUGUCUUCUCAUCACUUGGAGAAACUGGCAGCCAUUAAAGGAGGUAGUGGCAACCAGUCAAGAGAGUUGGAGGCAUCCAGAGAACUCCGUCUGUAUGGGGAGCCUUCUAGUGGACUUGAAGUCAAAACCUGUCUUUCACCACCUAGUUCUUAUUCAGCUAACACACAUGUACCUAAAGUUUCUUUUGACUCUGUUGUGAAGGAGUAUGGUGGUAGGGACUCUCCCUCUGGUAGGAGUGAUCUGUAUUUCAGAGCAUCCCUAAGUGGCAAGGAGGGUAGUUUAAAACAUCGUAUACUAACUCGGCCAUCAGAUACAGACGCACCUGAUGAUCUAUCUAAAGUUAGUGGAGUACAUGGGCUCAAGGAUGAGCCUGUCAGUAAGCGGAUGAAGGUGUCCAGCUUGAGUUCUGUGCCAUACAGUGCUCCAGCUCACAAUGUUGAUAGCCAGAGGUCAAAUGUUCAUCAUGGCUCAGUCUCUCAUGCCAGUUCCUGUCACUCUCCUGUCAACAAUGGUAACAGUAAAACUAACAUUGAUAGCAGAGGUCACCAUUCUGAGAGUGUUCUAUCUGGACAUCAGAGCCGGGCUCUGUCUCCUUACCAGCAGCAAUCUGGGGAUGAUAACACAUCCAGGUACAAGCAACAAGCUUACUACUCCCCUUCUCCUAACUGGACUCCACCGCCAAGUUCUCCCUCUUCUGAAAACCCUCCUUCUCAUCUCCAGUACCCUACUCAUUUCAUGAAAGGAUCUAUAAUCCAAUUGGCUGAUGGAACCCUUAAGCGGGUGGAAGAUCUUCGAACAGAGGACUUUGUCAACAGCGCGGAAAUAUCAUCAGAUCUUAAAGUAGAUUCCAGUACAGUUGUGAAAAUUGAGGAACAUCCAGAUAGAGGUACAGCCAUGCUGAGCUUUUCUGUUGGUGAGCACAGAGUACAGGUAACUGUAGAAGCAACUUUGGAGCACCCAUUCUUUGUUUUUGACCAAGGAUGGUCGUCUUGUUCAGUUUCCAGAACUCUAGCUCGCUAUGGACUAGAUUGCCAAAAGCUAAAUGUUGGUGAUGUGUGUAUAUCCCUCACCCACAAAGAUGUUUGUCUGAAAGCAGCUGAGAUCAGUCAGCAGCAGCAGCAGCAAGAUCAGGAGCAAGGUAGACAGUGCUCAGACUCACCAUCAGCACACCAUGCUUCUUCAUCUGCAGCAUCCGCUCAGUCCUCCAGCCCAGUUACUAGCUCCACUGUGACCUCUGUACCUCUAAAAGUGGAGAUGGAUCCUAGCUUUGUUUCACCUAAUUCAACUGCAGCGUUAAGCAAAAGGAGGACAUCCCAGAAUGAGCUGCCGCCUCCGCAGUCCAACAUAGUACCAGUCAAGAAAGAAAACUCCAACAACAGUCACAAGGCAAGGAGAAGGGGAGUGUCACAGAGAAAUGAGACAGAUGUCAAAGAGGAGGAAGAAGCAGAGUUUGACCCAGACUCUGAUUCGACAUCCUCACUACGGCAGAGGAGGUGGUCAGCGCCAGACCCUGUGACAGUUAAAGCUGAUCAGGAGCGAGAGAGAGAGAGACAGAUACAGGCUAAUGAAGCACAGAAAGCUGAAGAAGCCUUUCAAACGAUGGGUGAAGACAAUGGACAUCAUCAUUAGUUGUGAGGAUGUAUAUUUAUAUUCUAUCAGCUUUAAUUUUUCAAUAGAGAAUCUACUUGACAAGCAAUUGUAAUUUGUCACAUCAGUGGAACACAUGGAAUAGUGCUGAGAAAUCCAGGUUUCACACUUAUAAACUAUACUUUUGGUUUCAUUCAAUAUCAACUAUAAAUAUGUUAGCAAACAUGGGCGUAGC